UUCGGAUCGAACCACACCUCGCCGAAAUGGAUCGUUGGGUUGGGAAAGUGGCCGUAGUGACCGGUUCCAGCUCCGGUAUCGGUGCCGCCGUAGCCAAGGACUUGGCCAAGGCAGGAAUGGUGGUCGUUGGGCUGGCACGGCGAGUGGAGCGCGUCGAAGCUCUGAAGCAAGAUUUGCCGGAAUCUGCUCGAGAUCGGCUGAAUGCGUUCAAGUGCGAUGUGUCCAAGGAGGAGGAUAUUCUGAGGACUUUCAAGUGGGUCGAGGAGAAGUUCGGCGGUGUUGACGUGCUGAUUAACAACGCCGGGAUUCUACCGGAAGCUGAUCUUUUGGAAACCGAUAAUACGCAACUGUUGCGCGAUGUGAUGGAUACGAAUGUGAUGGGGUUGGUGCUGUGCAGUCGGGAGGCUUUUCAAUCGAUGAAGAAGCGUUCGGUCGAUGGUCAUAUUGUACACAUUAACAGUAUUGCCGGUCGCAGAGUUCCGAACUUCCCGAAGUUGAACAUUUACGUUGCGUCCAAGCAUGCUGUUACGGCUAUUACGGAAACAAUGAGGAAUGAACUAAGGAAAGCGGGUACUGGGAUCAAGGUUACGAGCAUCAGUCCAGGCAUGGUUGAGACAGAAAUCUUGCCGGAUUCAAUUCGUUCUACAAUGCCUAUGUUGAAAUCCGAGGACAUAUCAGAAGCCGUACUGUACGUACUAGGAACGCCUCCACGGGUACAAAUCCAUGAAUUGAUAAUUAAACCGAUAGGUGAAACUAUGUAAACAUAAUGUAAUAUGUAUUAAUGCAAACCCAAGAAAAAACAUC